AUGACCGAGGACGGUCAUUUUUUCAGUCAGGAGGAGAUGACGGACUGGCCUAUCUAUCCGACAAGUCCUGACGUGUGGCAGUGCAUGUCAAUCAGCAAUCACCCUGGCUAUUCACUGCUCGCGCCUAUUCCGUCCGCAGGCACGUCAACGGUCACCCGAGGGGGAGUGCGGCUGUCGGUCCAGGAUGAUUACGCAAACCGAGUGGAGGACCUGGCCAUCGAGGCGAAGGUUCAGGGCCAGAUUGGCGGCUUCCAUCUGUGGCUGGAGAAUCAGCUGGCCGUGCUUCAGGCUGCGCUCACGCCAGUCCCAGCCACAUGGGCGGAUGUUGCGGCCGCGAUCAGGGGCAUACCGACCAGCGAAGUCAAUCGGGCGACGGAUGCCCACCGUGCCAACGCCGCGUUGCAGCAGCAGAUGGACCAGAUCUCACGUUCUAUGCAGACGAUGUGCAUCGCCCCGGUUGCCCCGCGCACCCAGAUGACAUUCCCGGUGGCACCACGUCCCGUCGCAAACCCUUCACCAUUGAUCGCGCCAAACGUCCAAGCCCAGAGGGGUGCUCCAUCAACUGCAACACAGAACCCGAGGCCGGACCUCCCUCAGUUUGGACGAGACUACGUCCCCACUCAAGACGAGCUUACGCACAUCCGUGCCACCAGGGAGCUGGUAGUUUCCAUUGCCCAGCCAGACAUGGAGCAGGGACGUGCUACGUAUGCGCAGCAGAAAGCGCGAUGGCUGCAUGACACACAAAACGAGCGGGCAACAGGGGACCCUUCGUCUAUGGGAAAAAGGCCACCCACUCUCCCCUGGGACGCUGAUACCAGGAAGCCGCGAGUGUUGGCGAUGUGGGAUGGCACGCCAUGA